AUGUCCAAUCCAGUUAAAAAAUUGAGACAAGGAGAAAAAUCGCUCCUGAAAUCCAGAGAAUUACAGAGAAAGGCGUCUCAUGAUCUCAGGAGGCUCCAGUCCCUGCUCGCCAAAGGCAUUCCCAGGCAAGAGGUGGCCGCGCUGAGUCACAGUAAAGCACGCAGCAGUGGAGUCAGCAGAUCUCCAGGCCUGCAUGCUCCAAAAGAUACCAGCAGACAGAAGAGUGAGAGUGACCUCUCCAGCGAAGCCUCUGAACUGGAAAAAUUCAGCAUCACAUACAGAGACCAAAGAUGUUUCAGCAGCCACCCAUUGCAGAAAAACUCUUCUCUGAAUCCUAACGUCUUGGUGAAGAACAGACUCUGCAGUGACUGGAUUGACCAUGCUCUGCCUGAGUCUGUCCUCAGAGUUUUGAUUCGUCUACGAUUACUGAUUAGAGAUCCUCACCAUCAGAAAAUCCUCCAUCAGCUCCAAGGCAUCAAUUUACUUGCCAGGUAUAUGGAGCAUGUCACUGUCAUGUACAUAGCGUGUGGUGAACAGGCGUUUGCUGUGCAGAAGCUGGUCACAAUGACCUACAUGUUUCAGAAGCUAUCUGCCGUUGAAGAUCAAAGGGUCUGGGUCAUCGAUAGCGGCGCUCACAGGACCUUGGUGAAGCUCCUCUCAACAACAGAUAGCAGUGUGCUGCUGGGGGCCCUGCUGGCACUCACCACUUUGGCUGAGAGCCCAGAAUGCAAGGAGAAGAUUGGCGAGCUACCCAUUGUUGAGAACCUACUUCUAAUACUGCAAGAAUAUGACCUGCUGUCAAAGAGAAUGGGUGCGGAGCUGCUGAGGCUCCUGUCUCCGGUGUGGCAGGUGAGGGAGCAGCUGAGGGGGCUGGAGGGUCUGCCGGUGCUGCUGAGCCUGCUGAACGCUCAGCACCUGAAGCUACUGUGGAGCGUGGCCUGGGUCCUGGUCCAGCUCUGUGAGGACCCCGACACCAGGGCGGAGAUCCGGAGCUGGGGCGGGGUGCAGCAGCUUCUCCGGCUGCUCCACAGUGACAGGCAGUACAUCUGUGACCGCUCGUCCAUCGAGACGCUCUCCAGCGCCAACGCAGCCGGCCGAAUCCACAGAGAGCACAUCAGAGAGGAGCUGAGCCCUCAGGAGGAGGAGGACAACACCAUGGCCCUGAAGUCAGCCUGCUGUACGGUUCUGACUGAGCUGAGUCUGGAUGACACAUCUGCUCACCACAUUGUGCAGGAAAAUGGGGUCUAUAUAAUCGUAAAGUUGAUUUUACCACAAAACCAAAGACCGAAGCGCACAUCUUUACAGUGCUAUGCAUUUCGGACCCUCCGGUUUCUCUUUAGUGUGGAAAGAAACCGACAUCUGUUUAAGAGACUCUUUCCCACAGACCUCUUUGAGUUGUUUAUUGAUGUUGGACAUUAUGUGCGGGACCUCACGGCCUACGAGGGGCUGCAAACCAAAGUUUCACUCUACACUGAAGAGGAAGUGGACAGUCUAAAAGAGAGCAUAGAGACUGUGGACCAGAACCGACCUCCCCUUAAAGUCAUCAACGGUUACUCCAUACUGGACCAUCUGGGCACUGGCGCCUUUGGAAGCGUAUUUAAGGUCCGAAAGCAGAGUGGCCAGAACCUCCUUGCUCUGAAAGAAGUGAACCUCCAUAACCCGGUGUUUGGCAAAGACAAGAAGUCGAGAGACAGUAACGUGGAGAAAAUAAUCUCUGAGCUCACGAUCAUCAAAGAACAGAUGAUGCACCCAAACGUUGUUAAAUAUUACAAGACAUUUUUGGAAGGCGACAGGCUGUACAUUGUGAUGGAGCUGAUCGAGGGAGUGCCACUGGCUGAACAUUUCAACUCUCUGAAGGAGAAGCAGCAGAAAUUCACAGAAGACAGACUUUGGAAUGUUUUCAUACAGAUGUGUCUGGCACUGAGGUACCUGCACAUGGAAAAGAGAAUAGUCCACCGCGACCUUUCGCCUAACAACAUCAUGCUGGGGGAGAAGGACAAAGUCACCAUCACUGACUUUGGCCUCGCUAAGCAGAAACAGGAGAACAUCAAGCUAACUUCGGUGGUCGGCACCAUCCUUUACUCCUGUCCAGAGGUGGUGAAGAAUGAGCCAUAUGGAGAGAAAGCAGACGUCUGGGCUUUGGGCUGCAUCCUCUACCAGAUGGCCACUUUACAGCCUCCGUUCUACAGCACUAACAUGCUGUCACUGGCCAGCAAGAUUGUAGGGGCUGUCUACGAGCCAAUUGAAGAAGGAGCUUUCUCAGAGAGAGUCACAGAUAUGAUCAGAUGGUGCUUGAGUCCAGAUCCAGACCAGCGGCCCGAUAUUGUGGCCGUCAGCUCGAGGAUCUCCGACCUCAUGAUGAGGCUGAUGGACGGCCUCUACACUUCCCAGAAUGCACUGGAAAGAAGAGCAGAGAGAGACAGGAAACGAGCGCAGAAGUACUUCCUGGAGAGGCACAAAAGCAAGACAAACUGCUGUCACUCGAACCCGUCUCAGGAAAAAUGCCUAAUAAAUAUUGAAUAUCCAACUCCACGGUCUUCUGGGGCCGGUAGUUCAAACCACAGUGAGCAAGAUGAGGCCUCAGAUGGAGAUGAUGAGCAAUGCAACACCAACAUCACUAAAGGAAAACACUACGGACUAACUUCCAGUGCCCGUGUUACGCCUGACCGAAAUCAGUCUAGUGGGGAUUCUGCUGCUGCCAACAUUAAACCAAUACCAGGGAUCUGUGUUUCCCAGAAGAAAGUCCGGCAGAUUGAUGAUCCCAUCCAGAGGCUCCUCGUGCAGCUGCACAAGAUUGUUUACAUCACUCAGCUUCCACCAGCUCCACACCACAACAUCAAACGACGUGUCAUUGAAAGAUUUAAAAAGUCUCUGUUCCACUUUGGGAGUGAUCCAUACAACCUUAAAGUGCAGCUCAGCAAGCUCCUCCAGGCCUCUCCAGAGCUGAUGGAGUUAGGCUCAGCCUCUUCAGACUGGUGGCCUCUGCUCCACCACUUCUCAGGAGAGGCUAAUGCUGACAGCUCAGAUGACGGGAAUCUUAAAGACGGAGUCACCUAUCAGCAGAUGCAGGGGAUCAUAGAGGAACUGCUGGAGGAGAACAGCUACUACGAAGCAACCCAGCAGGAUAACAGAGAAAAGAGAUGACGGAGGAACCAAUUAACCCUUGUCCAUAUGCAUCCUUUAACACAAGCAGUGGGAAAA